AUGUCCGGGCCGUCUACGCCUGGAUCUUCACACCCAGACCCUCCACAGCUCCCUUCAAUCCCUCGUCUCGCUCCCUUCGACUCCUCACCUCCUGCACCGCCCCACAACGCCGACGUCGACGCUCACACGGCGCGCACAGCGGGCGAGCGGAAUGCAGACGCAUCGCUGCCUCCCGAGCAUCCCGCAGACGACCUCCCGCCGACCUACGACGCGCUUCGCGCGGCCGAGCCAAACAACCCGCGCUUUGCGAGGUGGGGAGGAUGGAUCGAAAAGCGCGCCCAGGAGCGGCGGGCUGAACGACAAGCUGAGCGAGAAUCGGGCGCAGCGCAGCGCACGAGCUGGAACUUGCCGAACGACGAGCCUGAGGACUUGCGGCGAGAUCUGAGCGCGCGAUGGAGGGACAACGAGGCAGAGAAGCGGCUGUCGAGGGAGAGCGUUUUGCAGGUCGUCAAUGCGGACGUGACGAGCGCAUCGAUGCCGUCGUCGAGCCAGACGACGCGAAGGAGGACGGAGAGUUCGGCGUCGUCUGCUUCGACUUCUCGCUCGAAGCUGUCAAGGAACGUCGAGAUGCACCGUGUCGGGUCUCGCUUCGACUGCGGGAUACCUGAGCGACCGAUUUGCGCAUGCGUGCUACCCGGCGGAGGCGUAGUGAAUGGCGACGAGCGCUUCGUCCUGAUUGGCACGCAUACCGGCCUCUACCUCCUCGACAACCGACCUACCUCCGCCUCGAUCCCUCUCUCGACCGCCGCUUCUUCCGCGGAAGCGCACAUUCUGCCAUUGUGGACAGGCCUCGGCAUUCGCCACCUUGAGGUGUACGCGGAGCCGGCACUCGGCAAAGACUCGCCUCAGGGGCUUGUCCUCGGGCUAGUCGAGGAGAAUGGCGCGCCGAGCUUGAGGAUGUGGACGCUGGCGAGCCUCCUCAACCUGGUCAAGUGGCGAAUAUACGAUCAGGCGUGUCUUAACUCGGUCUCUCUUCCCCUCGGAUCGCGCGCCAGCAAGUGUAGCGCCGACCGACACCCCUCUUCCCUCGCCUACGCCAAGUCGUUCGUCGGGUCGACCUCGCCGAAGCGUCGGAAAGGCAAGAGUCUCGGCUCGCCUCUCCAGCCCACGGCACAUGCGCAUAACGACUCGACAGAGCCGGGCUACCUCUUCGUCGAGACGAGCACACCUGCAGACGUUGGGGCCGAUUCGCCUACGGCUUCUCUCCGCUCUCUCAACCGACUCUCGCUUGCCGACUCGCCAAACGCGCCGCAACCUCCGCCUCUUUCCGACGCAGAACGUCUCGCUACUCCGCUCGACUGGGCUCGCUCUUCUGUACCACUCCCUUUACCGGCGGGAAGCGGCGAGAUCCUCUUCUUCCAGCUCAGUCGUUCGCCUGAUCCCGCUCCUUCGGACGACGAAACCGACUCGCCCGACUCGAGUGACGGCUUUGAGGAUGACCCGGCAGCCUCUCGCCGUCGAAAGACGAAGCAGGACGAGCGAAGUCGGCUUUUCCUCUUCGUUGCGACGCCGAAGUCGAUCUUUCUUUAUGAGAGCCGACCGAGUGGGAGACGGAGCUGGACGCUCACUAAGGAGUACUUCGCCCCGUCAGCCCCUCGUUUUCUCCGCCUCAUCCGCACGACUGGCCAAACACUCCCCGCGCCCUCAGCCUCCUCCUCACUCGCUUCCACGCUUUACUCGCCUGACCUCGCCCUUCUCGUCGGUCUUCCACACCACAGCGUUCUCAUCCGGCUGUGCGAUUCGAGCGUCACCGAACUCUCGCUUCCUCCCUCAUCCACGACGACCGGCUCUCGCAGCCGCUCUUCGUCGAACACCUCGCUCGCCUCGCUCUCCCCCACACACCGCAAGGCGCCUUCGCUCGUACCGCUACUCAAGGAGCUCAAGGACCACCCGGUCGUUGCGAAGGUCGCAAGGUUCGUCGAGGGCGAGAAGGGCGUUCCGGCGGGUAUGAGGGGUGCGGACGGGCCGAUCCCGAAGGGCAAGCGGGUGAAGGACGAGGAAGGAGGACUCGCAUCGAGCACGAGUCUGUCGGCGUCUGCGCAGGGGAAGUGGACAGGCUGCGAGGAGAUCACGGUCGACACUGGUAGACGAUCUGUGCGGCGCCUCCUCCUGCUCACAAAGGGCACGACGACGUAUCUCGUCGCGUCGCCUCUACAUCUUGUCUCGCCAGUCUCGCCCAGUACCGCUCAUUCGGCUCCUCACGUCGUUCCCCUCCAUACCUUCCACUGGCCAACACUCGGCUCGUCGCCCGCCUCUUCUCUCGCGCAUCUCGCCGCCUACGUCUCACCUCUCGAGAACGACUCGAGCUUCUCGCACCUCACUCUUGUCGGCUUCAGCUCGACCGGCUUCAGCGUCCAAGAGCACCUCCUUUCGCACACGGCCGUCGAAGCGGCUUUCACCUCGUUCCCCGUCUCCUCUUCUCACACCUCGACUCUCGCUCGGCUCAUCCUUCCCCUCGACACCCUCCCCGCUCACGCUGCCAACGACGACGACGACCCCGACUUGAGCGACUCGGCGACCCUCGACUUUGGGCGCGAGACAGGGUGGCUGUGCGCGACGAGGAGUGGCGGGUGGGGUGAGGAGUCGACCGGCGUAGCGAGAGGAGGGUACUUGUGGACGCGGACGCAGGGAGAACAUGUCGUCAAGCGGGUCGGCGUGAAGUUGUAG